GCAACAGAAGACCAGGAGUGCUGGGGAGGGGAGAGGAGAGGAGAGACACAGAAGAGAAGAGAAGACACCAAUACGGGCUUUCCGAGCGAGUAUUAGUAAUAAAGUGGAGAGAUGGAAGAGCAGAAGAGGAGGAAGAAGAGGAGGACUGGGACUCAGGGGUAGUUCGGCUUUGCGUGUUGGAAGGUUUCCUGGGGGAGGGAAGAAGAAAGAAAAGACAAGAAAAAGUGGGAUUUUUUUUAGGAAGAGAAGGAAAAUCUGCCCCAGGUGCUGGAGGGGCCCUGAUGCCCACCGUGCCCUCUCUCUCCCCGGCUCUCUGCCAUGGGGGAAACUAAAGUCAUCUACCAUCUAGAGGAACAGGAGACUCCUUACCUGGUGAAGAUCUCAGCCCCUGCUGACUCGGUCACUCUGUCCGACCUCAAACAUGCCCUCAAAAAACCGCACUACAAGUUUUUCUUCAAGUCCAUGGACGCCGACUUUGGGGUGGUCAAGGAGGAAAUCACAGACGACAACGCAAAACUGCCCUGCUACAAUGGACGUGUGGUGUGCUGGCUGGUGUCGGCUGACGGCUCGCACUCGGAUGGAUGCUCGGUGGCGGAGAGUCAGUCGGAGCGUCCGCCGUCGGGGGAGAGAUCCCAGGGCAUCGGAGACUCCAGACCGCCGUCAUUUCAUCCUAAAGCUGCAGGCAGCCGACACGGUGCGGACGAUGAGACGGAGACGGAUUCGGUUGCGUCACACAGGAGGGAGAGAGACAGACCACGCAGGAAACACUCCCACGAUCAUUCAGGUGUGAGGAUGAACGGCUACUCCCGAGUGGGCAGAGGGAUGGAGCUCGGAGGCUACGACGUCUCGGACAGUCGCUCUUCCCUCAUGAGCAGUGAGCUGGAGUCCAGCAGCUGCUUCGACUCGGACGACGACGGAUCCACCAGCCGUUUCAGUAGCGCGACUGAGCAGAGCAGCUCUUCACGUAUGAUGAGGCGACACCGGCGCCGGAGACGGAAACCCAAAGCCCAUCACAUGGAGAGGUCGUCGUCCUUCAGCAGCAUCACCGACUCCACCAUGUCUCUGAAUAUCAUCACAGUCACUUUAAACAUGGAGAAGUACAACUUCCUGGGCAUCAGCAUUGUGGGUCAGAGUAACGAGCGAGGCGACGGCGGCAUCUACAUCGGCUCCAUCAUGAAGGGCGGAGCCGUGGCAGCUGACGGACGGAUCGAGCCGGGUGACAUGCUGCUGCAGGUGAACGAUAUAAACUUUGAGAACAUGUGCAACGACGAUGCGGUGCGUGUGCUGAGGGACAUCGUGCAUAAACCCGGACCUGUCUCUCUGACGGUGGCCAAGUGCUGGGAUCCAAACCCUAACAACUGUUUCACUCCCAGGAGUGAGCCGAUUCGUCCGAUCGACCCUGCAGCCUGGGUGUCUCACACAGCAGCCAUGACGGGGAUCUACCCUCCCUACGGCAUGAGUCCCUCCAUGAGCACGGUGACCUCCACCAGCUCCUCCAUCUCCAGCUCCAUCCCCGAGACCGAGCGGUUUGAUGACUACCACCUGUCGGUACAUAGUGACAUGGCAACUGUUGCCAAGGCGAUGGCCUGCCCUGACUCGGGGUUGGAGGUUCGAGACAGGAUGUGGCUGAAGAUCACUAUAGCCAACGCCUUCAUAGGUUCAGAUGUGGUCGACUGGCUGUUCCACCACGUUGAGGGUUUUGCAGACAGAAGGGAAGCUCGGAAAUACGCCAGUAACCUGCUGAAGGCUGGCUUCAUCCGACAUACCGUCAACAAGAUCACCUUCUCCGAGCAGUGCUACUACGUGUUCGGGGAUUUAUCCGGCAAUAUGGCGCACUUGUCCCUGCAGGAGCAGGACGGCUCGAGCGGAGCGUCUGAUCAGGACACACUCGCUCCUCUGCUCCACCCGGCUGAGGCUCCGUGGCCCAGUUUCCCGUAUCAGUACCCGCCCUCGCUGCAGGACGCACCGCAUCAUCAUCAUCACCAUCACGCCGAGCCGGGUGGCGGGAGUCAUCACAGUGAGGGAGGAAGCAGCAGUUCGAACUGCAGCUGGAGCAGGACGGAGGGAAAGAUGACGACGACUGCGGCAGUGGGGAUGAACGAUGUAACCGACGUGCCAGAGUUCGACCUGCGCAGGGAGCGAGCGCCGAGUGAGAGCAGCAUCCGCAGCUCACGCUCUCACUCUCACUCCUACAGCGGCGUGUCCGGGCCACGUCACCUCGCCCACGUGCCCUCUGAACUCUCGGGCUCGCGCCGCUCCUGCCUCACUGCCAACGGAGAGCUGUUUGUCGACAUCAUGUGACCACACCUGGAUUUUGAACUACAUUUAAGACCUUGGUUUUUUUUUUUUUCUUUAAUAAGAAUUGCAUUUAAAAUAACAGUAGCGUAUGAAGUGUUACACAUAGCCCUGAAAUGUCAAAACGUAGGAUCAUUAUUUAAAUCAAAAUUAGGCUAAAAAUGAACGUAAAUAACAGUAGAAUACAAACCUUUUUUUUUUAACAGGUAGGUAGUAGGCACGUGCCGAUAAUCACUCUUUAUCACAAUUUAUCAUGAUACUGAAAUUUCUAAAUAUCACUGUGUUUUAUCCGAGUGCGUAAAUAUUCAGGGUCUCCAGGUGUCUUUUCGGUCCACUUGAGCAAGAAAACAGUAGGUUUUUGUUUAAAAAAAAAAAAAAAAAAUGGAUACAAUAUCAUGACCAUCAUAAAUGUGCCUUAUAGGUCGUGCGUUUGUUUUUGAAUUAAUUUUCUCUCUCAGUAAAGGAAUAAAACAGACUAAGUGUAUUCAUUUUUUUAAAAAUUAGAUUUAGAGGUGAGAUUUUUUUACUUUUUUUUUUUUUAAAUUAAAUAAAUCAUCUGACAGACGAAGUGUUUAAUGAAGUGGCUGCGAGGGUUAAAUAAACGUCCUCUCAUUAGGUGAUCACAAUCAAAUCGCUGAAGUUCUUCAAUUUGGACUUUUUUUUUUUUUUUUUUUAAAUGUCGUUAGUGAGAGACUGAAUUGCAUCAUGAGCAAAAUUUACUCCAGUUCUGCAUCCUGCACCGUCUCUGUGUAGCCCUGUGAUAGAUUGGCGACCUGCCUGGGGUAAACCCCGCCUCUUAGCUGAAAUUAGCUGGGAUUGGCUCCUCGGAUGGAUGGAUGGAUGGAUGGAUGGAUUUCUGACUUUAGGCCACGCCCCCAACCUGCACGGUGCUAACCUGGUAGUGAGACCCGUCAAACUUUAAGCCUCGUAAAUUAGAGGGUAAACUGCACAUUUCACGUUUUCAUUCAGGUUCGAGAAAAUUGGUGGACGUAAUCAUAAGUCGACAGAUUGUCUAUCUAUCUGUCUGUCUUUUCUUUCAAUGUAUGCAUUAUUAUUUUUUUUUUUUCUAAAGACUGUCUGACUGGAAAGUAUUUAAUUUUCCUCCUUUUGUUUUUCCUUCAGCAAGUGCAGUUUUAGAGCGGGCCGUUAAAGUGGUCCAAGCACCGUAAGAGGUGGAACCCUGUUGUUUCAUUACUCGUAUAAUGAAUGCAUAUAUUGUGAUGAAUAUCAGCACAUGCCUACUCAUGAUUUAACCUGGUUGUAGUGUGUUUUAUUUUUUUUGGAAGGAUUUUUGCAAAACCAGGAAUAUAUUUUUCACGGUUUGUCAGCAUCAAUAUGGCAGGAGAUCUUUUUUCUUCUUCUUCUUUGGGGUGGGAUUUCAGAGCAGAGUUGUUGCUUUUUAUUUAUAAAUAUAGUUUUAUUACACCGGUGUGUCUGUGUGUGCAGUAAAGAGAGGUUCAGUCCUCGAGGACUUCGUAAAGGUCUGUAGAAUGAUGGCGAGCCUUUGUUACGUCCCACUGAGGGUGCACGAGUGUCUCGGGUGUGUUCUCAUCGCCUGGUAGGGAAAGUAUUGUGCUUCUUUUCUUCACUCUGUGUUGAUGUUUGGAGGAGGGGAUGCUGCGUGAAUAAGGAGCCAUGUCAUUCUGACCCACAUCUUUGGAAUUAGCUACUACAACUAGCAUUGGGUGGGGAAAAUAAAUCGGCAAGAAUUAAUAAAUGUGUUUUAACAAAAA